AAUCGUCUUGCCAGGGCAUUGCACCCCCACCUCAUAAUUUUUAUUCUUUCGUUCAUAGCAUUGAUGCUUGCUCAGUUCCAAAAAGACCAUUUCCCGAAGCAGUUCGCAAUAAUGACUGGACACGUGACUUUCCUCCUUCUGGUGCUUACUACUUCAACAGUUUAUGGUUCAAUCUAUACCAAAAGCCAAGUAAGAGAAAUAUUCUCCGCCGGUAAGAAGUGCAUGCGAAUUCUCAACAUCCCUCUUGAGUCGGAUAUCGUUGAACGGGUGCUAUAUAAUCGAGAUGUAGUGAAGGAUGAAGAAACUUUGAAAUACUUCGAUUGCGGUACGAAAAAGCUAGGCUGGGUCGACAACGAGGGGAACCUUGAGAUAUCAUCGAUGGUUGAGUUCUUUUCGCGAAACAUUCCCCGGAAGGAGGUGCAAGAUGUACUGGAGAAAUGUAAGAUUUCUUUUGACGGUGCCAACGUAGGGGAGAAAAUGUUUAACUACCAUCAGUGCUUUUUUGAGAAGAAGAAGUUUGGAUGA